AUGACACCUGCGAAGUUUGUCUUUUGUCUAACGUGUUUGCUCUUAGGGGAAAUGGCUCAGGUGAACAACCAGAAGUUCUUCUCAUCUGGUCAUCAAGAAAGACGUUUCAUAUCAGUUAAAACUGGGGACAGCGUGACUUUGCAUUGUUACAGUAAAACUGGUGUAACUCCACGGUUUUACUGGUAUAAGCAAACAUUGGCAGAGAAACCAAGACUCAUUUCUACCUUCUAUGUAUAUGAACAAAAUGCCACAUUUCACAGUGAAUUCAAGGGUGAUCCACGCUUCACCCUGGAUACUGAAAGAGGUCAAAACGACUUAAUCAUCUCAGGUGUGCGCAUUUCAGACUCAGCAACUUACUACUGUAUAUGUUCCUAUUUACACACAGCAACAUUUUCAGAGAGCAUUACUGUUGGUGUUAAAGAUUCAGACUUGAACAUCAAGGCUGUGGUCCAACAGUCAGCUUCAGAGACCAUCCAGCCGGGAAGCUCUGUGACUCUGAACUGUACAGUGUACACUGGGACUUGUGAUGGAGAACACAGUAUUUACUGGUUCAAAGACGCUGAAGACUCUCAUCCAGGACUCAUUUACACCCAUGGAGGCAGGAAUGAUCAGUGUGAGAGGAAAGCCAACAAAAGAACACACACCUGUGUCUCUAACUUGACAAUGGAAAGCCUGAAUUGGUCUCAUGCUGGGACGUACUACUGUGCUGUCGCCUCAUGUGGACACAUACUGUUUGGAGAAGGAACCACGCUGGUGUUUGGAAAUGAGGCAAAAUCUCUUGUCUUGGUGUACGUCUUGAGUGGAGCAUUGACUUUUACCUCCACCCUGGUUGUUUUACUGGCUUUUCUUCUCUACAAGAUGAGCAACAGAAACCACUUCAAAUCAGGCCAUCAACAAACAAGACUUUCAACUCCCUCUGCAGAAGGUUACCAUGAUGCAGACAACCUCCACUACGCUGCUUUAAGCAUUAACCUACCUAACAGAUUGAAAAGACAGAGGAAAACCCAGAGUGAAUGUGUUUACUCUAGUGUCAAGCAGUAG